AUGUCAUCAUUCUCUCGACUCGUCCGAUUCAUCCCAAAAUCCUCUUCAACGCCGCUCAUUGGAGAACCAGUAGACUCUCAAUUAGAUGUCGGUUUGGCAGCUUAUGAAGGAAAACCGAUAGAAAUAAAUGUCUACUCCGGAACAUCGGUACUGACUCCUGGAGAGAAGACAGGACAGACGGAAUCUGUGGAGAAGCUCCUCAGCCCUCUCGCUCAGAACGAAGUGGGCACCAUACGGUGCAUUGGAUUGAAUUACGUGAAACACGCUCAGGAGGUCAAACUUGCCAUGCCAGACAUUCCUACCUUGUUCAUGAAGCCCAGCACCGCACUUGCGGAUCCGUAUCCUGCGCCCACCAUAAUUCCCAAGGCGUUUGUAUCUGAUAACGCUGCAGAUUUCGAGUCAGAAGUAGCAAUUGUGAUAGGAAAAGAGGCAAAGGAUGUGACCGAAGAGGAAGCUCUUGACUAUCUCUAUGGUUUCACCGCUGCCAACGACAUCUCUUCUCGGGAGAAUCAAUUCCGUCAAUCUCAAUGGUGUUAUUCCAAGUCGUUUGAUGGUGCAUGUCCUAUCGGCCCAGCUUUGAUUCACAAAGAUCAAGUCGCCAAGCUCUCAGAUAUUAAAAUUUCCGGUUCUCUCAAUGGGAAGACAGUGCAGGAUAGCGGCUUAGACGAUCUCAUAUUUUCCAUCCCGAAAAUUAUCUCUUUCCUUUCUCAGGGGACAACAUUACAACCAGGAACCAUAAUCAUCACUGGUACGCCAGCUGGAGUGGGAUGGUCAGCAAACCCUCGACUCGUUCUGAAAGAUGGCGACGAGUUCCGGGUAUACGUAUCGCAUGGUGUAGGAACGCUCAUCAACAAGAUCGUGGAGGAGAAGUAG